CGACUAUUGGGCCCGGACAGCGGCCCACAUACGCUCAGUAGAUAGCAUUUAUCUCAUUGUACACUUUAUUUAUUCAGAUGUAUCCAUUAGAAUAGAUUAGAUAUCAUUUAUUAGCCCUUUAUUAGCCUUUUAUUGUAACUGGGCCAGCCAGGCCCAAGCCUGGAAGCCCAACCCUCUUUUCUCCUAUAAAUACUCCCUAUGGGAGCCAUGUAAGGAAAUGAGAUAAUUGAUUGGAAUUCAUUAUAUAUAUCACUUUAUCUCUCUAGCUCUCACUUCUCUCUAAGAUUAAAUAAUCUAUCAUUUGGUGCUUUCAUUGAGAGCUAGAAUAUAAAGGGGUCCUCCCCAACCAACAAAACUCCACGUGAAUAAACAAAGGGGUACCCUUCGGCACCAUUGGAGGCAGCAUGCCACCUAGCUUCACGUAAAUAAACGACGACCUUCGGCCAUCAUGCUGAAUGUGUACUGUAUCAUAUUAUGAUGCAAUGGAGUAAUGGACAUAUAUAUCCCUAGCUUCGGCCAUGUGGAAAUGAACAUCCAGGCUACUGCCAAGUCCAUCUCAUCUCCUCGGUCAAGAGCUUGCUCAGCCAGUCAAAGUGAAAUACAGAGGAAGGAACUGGAGGAUGAUACGAUCCCCACCAGGCUUCCCUUCGUCCGCCCUCAACAGCUAAGUGUUCCACAUCAGCCAAGGCAAACAAAAAUGAGAACAACAAAGGGGAAUGUUAGUCUCCAAGGCGUAUCCGCUCAGAGUAACCCCAGCCGGCACACAGCGGCCAAAUGCCACCACGGCUCAAAGUAAAGCAACUGGCAGCGGCCCCUUGUCUCCACCGGCGCUCAAACGCUCUUCAUCGGCCAGAAACUGCAUAAGCAACCGCCUCGGUCAACGCCACUUCAGCCGGCACCCGCUUCGGCAGCAUACAUCGUCGGCCGCAUCUCAUCGGCCCCGCCUCGGCUGAAGUGUACAAAAGGGAACCAAAAGAGGGGCGCCCCAAUGGGGCACCUACGGCCAGAAUUCCCGCUUCGGCCAAGCAAUCUGGGAUGGCAGGUCCUCGGCCAAAGACUGGCUCAACAGAGUACUCAUGUGCAUCAUCGGUCACCUGUGCAUCCCGUCGGCUAAACAAUAAAGGGAAACUUCCCAUCGGCCCACAACUGCGCGCUUCGGCCAGCAAUUGCAUUAGCCAUCAACACUAUCGGCGGCCAACACUUCAUCCGCCAAUACUUCAUCGGCUGGGCACGCAUCGGCCGGCAACACAAUCAGCCAAGCAACCCAUCAACACUUUCGGCGGACUACACUUCAUUGGCCGGCACUUCAUCGGCUGAGCACGCAUGGUCCGGCACCGCAUCGUCCGGCACCACAUCGUCGGCACUGUAUCGGCCGGCACCGCUUCAGCCGGCACCGCAUCGGCCACAACAAGGCCACCCCGUCAAGCGACCGCAUCGUCCGGACUGGACCGCAUCGUCCGGGUUGGACCGCAUCGGUCAAAUGAGCGGACCAUCGGCCGGAGAAGUCCCACCACGUUGUUCCUGGUUCCGAGUGGCCCCAAAUCACGGACCCCUCGGCCGAUUCGUGGUCUCUCGGCCAGGCGACGGUAGAGCAGCGGCGCACCACCUUGGCCUUGCGACGGCCAGAACAGACGAAUGAUUCCGGCAGGGACGACGGGAAUCUCCUCGUCCCCAAUAGACUCCAGCGACGCGGGGAGUCUCCUCGUCUCUGUUUCACGCUCCACUCCGUCGAACCAACUCCUCCCCUUCGGAUGAAAUCAACUUAGACAAGAUCUGGGACCAGCAUCCCAAUUGGAGUAGCGGGCUGAUUAAAUGUGGGCCGACUAUUAAUCUCAAGGGCCCUAGAUUCUUAAAGAGCAGGCCCAAAUCUUAUAUUCCCUCUUUUAAUUCUAAGCAAGGCAGGCUUCGGCCCAAAUACAAGUAAGUGCCACAAAAUUUUCCUCCUAUUUUAUGCAUUAAAUAUGGAGCAAAAAUAGUUUUAUCACUACUCAAAAAAAAAUAUAUAUAUAGUUUUACUACUAUUCCGGAAAAAAUAGUUUUACUACUAUUCCAAAGAAAAAAAGAAAACAAUAAUAAUAAUUGCUACUAUUAUUAUUAUCUUCACCACCAUUGCUAGCGGAUUGAAAUCCCCAAUUGGUGUGGGCCAAAGCCUUAACCUUCCGAACAUCUUUAUUUGAUGAUUCGGAUCAUAUUUGGGUCCAUUGACCUACCAUGGUCAUCUUUAUUUGAUGACCCGGGCAUCUAGAAUGAGAGCCAUCAACGGCCGCACACGACAUUAUGCCUAGAAGCGGUACACCUCAUUCCCCUACACGCUAAUUGCGUCAUCCAAAAGCCGUUGCAAUAAACAACGCACUCAAAGCCGUUGCAAUAAACAACGCACCUAAAGCCGUCGCAAUAAACGACGCACCCAAAGCCGUUGCAAUACACAACGCACCUAAGGCCGUUGCGAUCCACAACGCGCCUACAAAGCCGUUGCAAUAAACAACGCACCUAAAUAUCGUAUCGGCACAAGCGGUGAAACACCCAAAUCGGCCGGCGAUAUGCAAGACGAAGGACCUGUGUGCAUGGUCCAACGUCUUCAAACGGAGAAGCAUACCGCGUCGUCCGCGCGGAAACCGCAGGACGACAGGCCUGAAUUAAGGCUGAGGUUACAAAAACUCCACCCGUCAGUAAAAUUUCGCUCAGGACCACAAAGGGCGGCCGUCAAAAGACGAUGCCUAGUCCGGUCCCUCGUCGCCGAUAGACGUGGAAAGGCAAAAAAGGAUGCCACUGACACACCAAGCCGAGGGCGUAUUUACUCCCUCGCACUAACACACGCGAAAAGCGUAGCGGACAAAAUACCGCACAUGGACGAAGGGACAGUAACCCUUCGGCCAUCCAAAAAAAAAAAAAAAGAGGGAAGCCGACGGACCGCGCACUUGCCGGCCUCGAGCAAUAAAAAUAAAUAAAUUCCCCAAACUUAUUAUUCAUCUCAAGACCGGCUCCCAAUGCCGAAGCUCUUGCUCCAUCAUCUCAUGAACGGCCUCCCCAACACCGUCAUACUUUUAUAUGACGAUCGGCUUCAUCAUCGCCUCGUCAUCAUUAUCCGGAUCGGCUCCUCAUCGUCAUCCGCACAUCACGACCGGCCUCCCAGCCUUGGCGUGAUUAUUUCUCCUCAAGACCGGCUUCUCAUUGCCAAGUGUCUUGAGUUGGCAAUCGGGCUCGCCGUCCCUUCCUGGAUGGCGACCGUUGCCUCUAUAUGACGAUCGGCCUUCACAUCGCCUCGUCAUCAUAUGUUGGACCGGCUCAUUAUCGCCGUCGUCCUUACAUCGCGUCCAGCCUCUCGGCUAAGGCGUGAUACCUUAUCUCAAGACCGGUCUUAGUCAUCCCUUCCCGGAUGGCGACCGUUGCUUGGAUCUUCGGAUCGGCUCAUCAUCAUCGCCAUCCGCACAUCACGAUCGGCCCCCCGGCCUCGACGUGAUGAUCUAGCUCAAGACCGGCUCCCUUAGCGCCAAGUGUCUUGAGCUAGCGACUGGGCUUGCUAUUCCCUUCCGGGAUAGCAACCGUUGCCUCUACAUGACGAUCGGCUCAUCUCCGCCUCGUCAUCAUCAUUAUUCGGAUCGGCUCAUCAUCAUCGCCAUCCGCACAUCACGACCGGCCUCCCAGCCUUGGUGUGAUUAUUCCUUCUCAAGACCGGCUUCUCAUCGCCAAGCGUCUUGAGUUGGCAAUCGGGCUCGCCGUCCCUUCCUGGAUGGUGACCGUUGCCUCUACAUGACGAUCGGCCUUAUCAUUGCCUCGUCAUCAUAUCUCGGACAUGCUCCUCAGCAUCUUUGUCCUCACAUCACGAUCGGGCCCUUCGGCCACGACGUAAUGCUUUAUCUCAAGACCGGCUCCCUCAGCGCCGAGUGUCUUGAUCUAGCGAUUGGGCUUGCUAUUCCCUUCCGGGAUAGCAACCGUCGCCUCUACAUGGCGAUUGGCCUAUCAUUGCCUCGUCAUCAUACAUUGGACCGGCUUAUCAUAGUCGUCAUCCUCGCAUCGCAGCCGGCCUCUCGGCCAAGGCGCGGUACCUUAUAUCAAGACUGGUCUUAGCCAUUCCUUUACUGGGUGGCGACCAUUGCAUGGAUUUUUGGGUCGGCCCCUCAGUGCCGAUCAUGGCAGGCCCUCGGCCUCGACGUGAUCAUAUUCCCCAAGACCGGUCUCAGUCAUUCCUUCAUCGGAUGGCGACCGUUGCUUGGACGUUUGGCUCGGCCUCAUAGUGCUGACGACCUCGCAUCACGAUCGGCCCCCCGGCCUCGACGUGAUGCCCUAUCUCAACACCGGCUUUGUCAGCGCCAAGUGUGUUGAGCUAGCGAUCGGGCUCCCCAUCCCUUCCGGGAUGGUGACCGUCGCCUCUACAUGACGACCGGCUCAUCUCUGCCUCGUCGUCAUUAUUCGGAUCGGCUACCCAUUAUCGCCAUCCUCAUGUCACGACCGCCGCCCCGGCCUCGGCGUGAUGAUCUAUCUCAACACCGGCUUCAUCAGCGCCGAGUGUGUUGAGCUAGCGAUCAGGCUCGCCAUCCCUUCCUGGAUGGUGACUAUCGCCCCUACAUGGCGACCGGCUUAUCAUCGCCUCGUCAUUGUUAUUUUGGAUCGGCUCCCUAUCACGGCCGUCCUCACAUCACAAUCGGCCCCUAGGCCACGAUGUGAUGUCCUAUCUCCGAGACCGGCCUCUCAUUGCCGAAUGUCUUGGGUUAGCGAUCGGGCUCGCCAUCCCCUCCUGGAUGGCGACCGUUGCCUAUAUAUGAUGAUCGGCUCAGCAUUGCCUCGUCAUCGUAUCAUCAGACAGGCGUCCCACGCCCCGUCCUCAUGUUCAGACAGGCGUCCAACGCCUCGUCCGCAUAUAUUCAGACAGGCGUCCAACGCCUUGUCCCCACAUUCAGACAGGCGUCCAACGCCUCGUCCUCAUAUUCAGACAGGCGCCCAGCGCCUCAUCCUCAUAUUCAGACAGGCGUCCAACGCCUCGUCCUCAUGUUCGGAUCUAGCAAACAUCUUGCGGUCUCCGACUCAGAGACUAAAGGAUCUCAGAUCUCAUCUAUAGGCCCCUCGGCCACAUCUUGCUCUAGCAUCUUUAUUUGAUGACGAAGGGCUCUCAUACAGGCCCAUCGGCCAUAUAUCUUGCUCUGUCAUCUUUAUUUGAUAACGAGAAGCUCAUCUAUAGGCCCCUCGGCCAUAUACCGCUCUGUCAUCUUUAUUUGAUGACGAAGAGCUCAUCUACAGGCCCAUCGGCCAUAUACCGCUCUGUCAUCUUUAUUUGAUGACGAGGAGCUCAUCUACAGGCCCAUCGGCCAUAUAUUAUUCUGUCAUCUUUAUUUGAUGGCGAAGAGCUCAUCUACAGGCCCAUCGGCCAUAUAUUAUUCUGUCAUCUUUGUUUGAUGACGAAGAGCUCAUCUACAGGCCCAUCGGCCAUAUAUUAUUCUGUCAUCUUUGUUUGAUGACGAAGAGCUCAUCUACAGGCCCAUCGGCCACAUAUCGUUCUGUCAUCUUUAUUUGAUGACGAGGAACUCAUCUAUAGGCCCCUGAGCCAUAUCUCGCCCCGUCGUCUUUAUUUGACGACGUGGAGCUCUUAUGCAGGCCCCUCGGCCAUACAUCGCCCCGUCGUCUUUAUUUGACGAUGUGGAGCUCUUAUCCAGGCCCCUCGGCCACACAUCGCCCCUUCGUCUUUAUUUGACGACGUGGAGCUCUCAUAUAUGCCUCUCGGCCACUACUCCCAGUCAUCUUUAUUUGAUGACGUGGAGCUCACAUCGGCCCAUCGGCCUCAUAUUCUGGUCAUCUUUAUUUGAUGAACCAGACAUCAUAUUAUGGACGGUCGCUCGACCCAUCCCUUAGUCAUCUUUAUUUGAUGACUAGGACUACUGAUCAUGACGAGCUACCCACAUCUAUGGAUCGGCCUCUGCCAUCCCCUCGCUGCAGCUCCACCUUUAGGCCGAAGGGCUCGCACCUUUUGUUUCGUUCUGGGGGCAUCCGAUGUACUCUUUUUCCCUCAUUAGGAUUUUUUCCCACAGGGUUUUUCCUAAUGAGGUUUUUAACGAGGCAUCUCCCCAUUGUGGAUUAAAAGGUGUCAACCCUCGGCCCCCUGUUGCAGACAUCAUCAGACAUGCAUUACUCUACUCCUCUUCACCUCGUUACACUCGCCUCAAGGAGUGGGGGACUGGGAGAGCGGGGGACUUAGUGCCUUCGCUACCAAAGAAGCAGAAAUUCAAAAUUUUUGCAAGGAUUGCCACACGCACCGACGACAUCAUCAUCUCACAUACAUAUUCAGCUGCCACAUCGGCCAGUACAUAUACAUAGCUCCCCGGCCUCAGGACCGGUGGUGAUGGUCUCUAGCCUGCGACCUUCGGCUGAGGAUUUUCCCACAGGGUUGCCUCAGCCAGGGCUCACCAGUGGGAUCGGAUCAUCGGCUUGGGAAUCCGGGCGGGGCGCUUCGGUGACGACAGCGGUUUACUCACCAGACGACGACAGAUCAGCACAUAGUUCUACUCUCUUUCGCCUCGAGUACUCUCGACUCAGAGAGUGGGGGACUCCUGAUAGAGUAUAUAGACUCGGACCCCCGGGUCUCACGACUAUUGGGCCCGGACAGCGGCCCACAUACGCUCAGUAGAUAGCAUUUAUCUCAUUGUACACUUUAUUUAGUCAGAUGUAUCCAUUAGAAUAGAUUAGAUGUCAUUUAUUAGCCCUUUAUUAGCCUUUUAUUGUAACUGGGCCAGCCAGGCCCAAGCCUGGAAGCCCAACCCUCGUUUCUCCUAUAAAUACUCCCUAUGGGAGCCAUGUAAGGAAAUGAGAUAAUUGAUUGGAAUUCAUUAUAUAUAUCACUUUAUCUCUCUAGCUC